UGAGACUGUAACUGACUGCCUCUACUCUCCAAUGGUCUCUCUGAGCGGUUCAUUUUGCUGAUUCCUGCGGAUUUGAUGGUGUUAUGUCGCCCUCAUUUCUGUUCUUUAACUCUUAUUUGUGAUCAAAUCAAGUUUUUGAAACUGGGUUUUGCUUGAUUUCUUAAAAAGUACGGCCGUUUCAGUGGCUUUUGAGGUUCAUUCAUGGUGGUUGUUUGAUGGGUUCUGAUCUCUGAAUGUUUGUUUAGAGACAAAACAAGUUUGGCAGUGUGAAAGUGUUGAAAGAGAUAGAGUGAAAGAUGGGAGAAAAACCUGAAGUUUUAGAUGCUGUCUUGAAGGAAACUGUGGAUUUGGAAAAUAUACCCAUUGAGGAGGUCUUUGAGAACCUGAGAUGUAGUAGAGAGGGUCUCACUUCUCGGGCUGCUGAGGAGAGGCUGGUCAUUUUUGGGCACAACAAACUUGAAGAAAAGAAGGAGAGCAAAUUCUUGAAGUUUUUGGGAUUUAUGUGGAACCCUCUGUCUUGGGUUAUGGAAGCUGCUGCUAUCAUGGCUAUUGCACUCGCUAAUGGAGGAAAUAAGCCUCCUGAUUGGCAAGACUUUGUGGGUAUUAUUACCCUUCUUCUCAUAAACUCUACCAUUAGUUUUAUUGAGGAGAACAAUGCGGGUAAUGCCGCAGCAGCUCUCAUGGCUCGUCUGGCUCCAAAAGCCAAGGUUCUUCGAGAUGGAAGGUGGAACGAGCAAGAAGCUGCUGAUUUGGUGCCCGGUGACAUAGUUAGUGUAAAGCUAGGGGAUAUUAUUCCAGCCGAUGCUCGUCUUCUAGAAGGGGAUCCUUUAAAAAUUGACCAGUCUGCUCUUACAGGCGAGUCCCUUCCGGUGACAAAGGGCCCUGGAGAUGGUGUUUACUCUGGUUCUACAUGCAAACAAGGAGAGAUUGAAGCAGUGGUCAUUGCCACUGGUGUACACACCUUCUUUGGAAAGGCUGCUCACCUUGUUGAUACGACUAAUCAAGUUGGCCACUUCCAAAAGGUCUUGACUGCUAUUGGGAAUUUCUGCAUAUGUUCAAUUGCUGUGGGGAUGAUAAUAGAGAUUAUUGUUAUGUAUCCAAUUCAAGACCGGGAGUAUCGUCCUGGAAUUGACAAUCUUCUUGUGCUUCUCAUCGGUGGAAUACCAAUUGCCAUGCCUACAGUUCUAUCAGUGACUAUGGCUAUUGGUUCUCAUAGGUUAUCCCAGCAGGGAGCUAUCACAAAACGGAUGACGGCAAUUGAAGAGAUGGCAGGCAUGGAUGUGCUUUGCAGUGACAAGACCGGAACCCUGACAUUGAACAAGCUUACUGUUGACAAAAAUCUUGUUGAGGUUUUUGCAAAAGGAGUAGAUGCAGAUACUGUUGUUCUGAUGGCUGCUCGAGCAUCCAGAACUGAGAACCAAGAUGCUAUAGAUACUGCUAUAGUUGGUACGCUGGCUGAUCCUAAGGAGGCACGUGCCGGCAUUCAAGAAGUUCACUUCCUCCCCUUCAAUCCAACUGACAAGAGAACGGCAUUAACUUAUAUUGAUGGUGAUGGUAAGAUGCAUAGGGUCAGCAAAGGUGCACCAGAACAGAUUCUAAAUCUUGCACACAACAAGUCAGACAUUGAGCGUAGAGUACAUGCUGUGAUUGAUAAGUUUGCUGAGCGAGGAUUGCGAUCUCUUGCUGUGGCAUAUCAGGAAGUUCCACAAGGAAGGAAAGACAGUCCUGGAGGCCCAUGGCAAUUUAUUGGUCUAAUGCCCCUCUUUGAUCCUCCUAGGCAUGACAGUGCAGAGACAAUCAGGAGAGCUUUAAAUCUGGGAGUCAAUGUAAAAAUGAUUACAGGGGAUCAACUGGCCAUUGGGAAAGAAACUGGACGACGCUUGGGAAUGGGAACAAACAUGUAUCCUGCAUCAGCUUUACUAGGACAGGAUAAGGAUGAAUCUAUUGCUGCUUUACCAAUUGAUGAGCUUAUUGAAAAAGCUGAUGGCUUUGCUGGUGUUUUCCCUGAACACAAAUAUGAGAUUGUAAAGCGCUUGCAAGCUAGGAAACAUAUAUGUGGGAUGACUGGUGAUGGAGUUAAUGAUGCUCCUGCCCUGAAAAAAGCUGAUAUUGGGAUAGCUGUUGCUGAUGCAACUGAUGCAGCUCGCAGUGCUUCUGAUAUUGUCCUUACUGAACCUGGGUUGAGUGUCAUCAUUAGUGCUGUUUUGACCAGUCGGGCAAUUUUCCAGAGAAUGAAAAAUUACACAAUCUAUGCUGUGUCCAUUACCAUCCGUAUUGUGCUUGGUUUCAUGUUGCUGGCCCUUAUAUGGAAGUUUGACUUUCCACCUUUUAUGGUCCUUAUCAUUGCCAUUCUCAAUGAUGGUACUAUCAUGACAAUAUCGAAGGACAGGGUGAAACCAUCUCCUCUGCCAGAUAGCUGGAAACUUGCAGAGAUUUUUACAACCGGCAUUAUACUUGGUAGUUACUUGGCAAUGAUGACUGUGAUUUUCUUUUGGGCUGCAUACAAAACAGACUUUUUCCCAAGAAUAUUUGGGGUUCCUACUCUUGAGAAAACAGCUCAUGAUGACAUUCGGAAGCUUGCCUCAGCAAUUUAUCUGCAAGUGAGCACUAUCAGUCAGGCCCUCAUAUUUGUUACACGAUCACGAAGCUGGUCCUAUGUGGAGCGCCCUGGUAUAUUGCUCGUAGUGGCAUUUGUGGUUGCACAGCUGAUUGCAACUUUGAUUGCCGUCUAUGCAAAUUGGAGCUUUGCUGCAAUUGAAGGGAUUGGCUGGGGUUGGGCUGGUGUGAUCUGGCUCUAUAAUAUCAUCUUCUACAUCCCACUUGAUUUCAUAAAGUUCUUCACACGCUAUGCUUUGAGUGGAAGGGCAUGGGAUCUUGUUAUCGAACAAAGGAUUGCCUUCACAAGGCAAAAGGACUUCGGCAAGGAACAACGUGAGCUUCAAUGGGCUCAUGCACAAAGAACGUUGCAUGGUUUGCAACCACCUGAUACGAAGAUGUUUACUGAAAGAACACAUUUUACAGAACUCAAUCAGAUGGCUGAAGAAGCCAAAAGAAGAGCUGAAAUUGCAAGGCUGAGAGAAUUACAUACACUGAAAGGUCAUGUAGAAUCAGUUGUACGAUUGAAGGGUCUGGACAUUGACACAAUUCAGCAAGCCUAUACAGUCUGAAGGAAAGAUAAUUUUAUUGCUUGCUUAUACUGUAAAAGAUCAAUUUCUGCUACUUCUGGGAGUAAAACCAAUGUAAUCAACAUACUGUUGUGAGUUAUCCUUUUGUUUAAUUGAAUAGCCAAUUUUAAUUUUGUGCUUACAAA